CAAGCUAUGGUACUACGAAGGAAACCUCCAAGAAAAUGACUACCCAAAUUUUCUUUCCAGCCAAGCAACCCACCUAACCACCCUUAUCAAUGUUGUGAUCAUUCCUCAUCUUCCUCAUUAGUCAUUCCCUUCUUAUUUGCCUCCCCUCCUUUCUUCACCGUUUCUACCUCCUUCCAAUCCUGCCAAAUUUAGAAAUUUCGGUACAAUUAUUCGUUAAUUUUUGUUUGUACUGUUCUAUACUCGUUUUCUUCUUCAUCAUCAUUAUUUUCUCGGAAAAUUUGAAUCGUAUUGCCUUUUUAAAAGAUUGUUUGAUCAUCCUCAUUCGUCGUCGUCAUCAUCUGAGAAGUUUGUGAACUUUCUAGUUCUCUGAAAAUGGCUCUGAGAGCUAGGCCUGUGACAUCCAAGCAACCAUCGGAAUCGGAAGAAACCCUAAAAAUCACCCAAACAUCCUCUAGUGACGAUGAAGAGGUCUCGGACCUCCCGAAACCCUACUCGUCAUUAUCACCACCGCCAUCGCCGUCAUCGUCAGCGCCGUCGACUCUCCGACAACGCGCUCUCUCACAAACCCUAGCUUCCACCGCCAACCUCGCCAACCUCCUCCCCACCGGCACGCUCCUGGCCUUCCAGCUCCUGACGCCGGUCUUCACCAACAACGGCGCCUGCGACGCCGUCACCCGGUCCUUGACGCUCAUCCUCCUCCUCCUCCUCGCCUUCUCCUGCUUCCUCUUCAGCUUCACGGACAGCUUCAAGACCCCCGACGGGCGGGUCUUCUACGGCAUCGCCACCUUCAAGGGGCUGUGGCUGUUUGAUUAUGUGGAUGAAUCGGGGUCGGCGGCAAGUCUUCCUGAUCUGAGCAAAUACAAGUUUCGAUUCAUUGAUGGGGUUCAUGCAGUUCUAUCAGUGCUGGUGUUUGUUGCAGUGGCUAUGAGGGAUAAGAAUGUGGUGAGCUGCUUCUACCCACAGCCUGCUCGUGAAGUUCAAGAGGUUUUGGACAUUGUUCCUGUUGGGAUUGGGCUCAUUUGCAGCUUGUUGUUUGUGGUUUUUCCCACUACAAGGCAUGGCAUUGGGUACCCCGUUACACAUGCCAAGUAAUAGCAUUCUCCGGGUUUUUGAUAAAACACGAUACAUAAAUAAAUAUUAAUACUAAGAAAAAUUUAUUUAUUUUAGAAA